AUAAGUGGUUCCGAUUUACUCUCUCCCAUGAACACAACGUACAUGUACGCUCGAAGUGAAGAGCCAUUUUCGAACCGUGAGGGGCUUGUUUAUUUGGAAGUUUUCAUUUUGGUAGUUUUGUUUUGCAACAUCGAAGAAGAUCUAUCAUCGUGUAUGAUCACAUCUUCUGAAGUAAUCAGUUCAAAGCUUGGGAGACCACCAUAUAACUAGUACUGAGUUCCUGGUGCAGGGGUGUGGUACCACUCUACUUGUUAUACCAGCAAUGACCAUGGUUGGGUUAUUGUAAAUUCACGUCGGCCCACCACGUUGAACGUGGACACCUGACGAUACUGAUGAUGGCUCGUACGUGGAUGUGUAUCCUCCUCGUUUUCAUUUCAAUAUUUUACCAAACGUCUGCCUACAACAGCGGUGCACCGGUUACAUCAUGCCUGGAUAUGCUUCCUGUACACGGCACAGCCAUACCCUCGCCGGUGGAAACAAACCCCUUUACAGUUGGAUUAUACAACACAAACAGAACGACGUACAGGCCUGGAGAAAUUGUCCAAGUGACUCUAAGUGGAGCCUAUCCUCUCCGAGGGCUGUUGAUCAAGGCGCAGCGAGUCGGCAGCAGGGAGCCAAUUGGCCAAUGGAUGGGGCCGUUCCCACCUGGACUGAGAGUACUUCAAUGCGAGACGGGAAACGCCGUCACAAACUCCAUCAACAGCUUGAAAACGCUGCCAAUGACGCUGUCGUGGUAUGCGCCAAACAUCGGCACGGAACAAGUGGAGUUUGUAGCCACAAUGGUAUCAUCGACAAAUGUGUUCUGGCUCGACACAAAAUCAACAAGCAUUCUCGUCGAUAGUACAGCAAGUAUUAACACCACUCAAUGUGACCCCAAUCCCUGUGUGAAUGGCAGAUGUGAUGUUGUGGGUACUAAUCUGUUCGCUUGCACCUGCUUCGAAGGUUUCAUAGGACUCGCAUGCAAACAGAACGCUUCUGCAUGUGCUGCACUACCUUGCCAGAACAAUGGCGCCUGUCUGCAGGGAGAAACCCCGGAGGCCUAUAUGUGUCAGUGUCCCCACGGCUUUACAGACAAGAACUGUGAAACUCGAGUGACGUGCGCUGACAACCCAUGCCUGAACUCAGGCGGCUGCUUCUCAUCCUCGUUAGGCAAUCCAUAUAUCUGUCAAUGUCCUUCGCCUUACACCGGACUCAACUGUGAAGCAUUGAUCGUAUCUAACUCUUGUGAUAUGAAUCCAUGUAUGAACGGAGGUACAUGCAACACUAACGCAACGACAGCAUCCUACACAUGUGCCUGUCCUGAAGAAUUCACCGGAACUCACUGUGAAUACAGAGCUCUGGGAUGCUACGUCGAGCCCUGCCAAAAUGGCGGCCUGUGUUUCCAAGGCACCACGUUGAGCGUGUACUCCUGUCAGUGUCCACCUGGUUACAUCGGCACAAACUGUGGGCAAACGGCGGGGGUAGGUUGCGAUAGUCGGCCGUGCAACAAUGGAGGAGUCUGUUUCCCUGGUAACACUCCUGAAGCUUUUGCCUGCCGGUGCCCUCCGACCCACACUGGUGCUGAGUGUAACAUACCCAUUACUUGUAACCAAAGGCCUUGUCAGAAUGCUGGUACCUGUGUCAGCGGUAACCGACCUGAUUCAUUUAUCUGUCAGUGCACAAAUGCCUUCACCGGCUUCUAUUGUGAGCUGCCCAUAACCGCUUGCUCCCAGUCGCCAUGCCGGAACGGCGCCACCUGCUUCCAGGCUUACGAUGACCCUCUGGGUCAUUUCUGCCGCUGUGCGCCAGGGUGGGAGGGGAUGUACUGUGACCAGCCAUUGGAUGCCUGCGCCUCCAAUCCCUGCUUGAACGGAGCACAGUGUAACAACUCCCAGACACUCUACACCUGUAUGUGUGCCUCAGGCUUCACUGGACUGAACUGUGGACUGGUGAUUCGUGCCUGUGACAACGACCCCUGCAUGAACGGAGGCACCUGCUCACCCCAGGGUAACUUAUUCACCUGUGCCUGUGCUAACGGGUGGGAGGGGACAACUUGUACCGUCCCUACAAACAGGUGUGAACCCAACCCAUGUCAGAAUGGAGCAACAUGCACUAAUCUCCAGACGUCGUUUGACUGUAUCUGUCCAUCGGGAUAUAGUGGACCAACCUGUAAUAAUGUCAUUCAAGCCUGUACAAGUCAACCGUGCCUGAAUGGUGGCAGGUGUUUCGAAGCAGCCAAUCAGCAGGCCUAUCAAUGCGUCUGUACCAUUGGAUGGACAGGAUUAAACUGUAAUGAAGUGGCAUUCUCUUGCCCAAGUCAACCAUGUGAGAAUGGAGGCACAUGCUAUGAAUCGUUUGAGUCUGGUGGUUAUUUGUGUGUCUGCCCAGCUGGUUGGACGGGGACCGACUGUGGCCUGCAAUUGCUGACUUGCUUCAGCCAGCCAUGUCAGAAUAAUGGCUCGUGCUUUGAAAACAGCAACGGAGGGAACUACGUAUGUCAAUGCCAGGACGGAUGGGAGGGAAACGACUGUGAUAUCGCUGUCAAUGCCUGCGUGCCCAACCUAUGCCAGAAUGGAGCCACAUGUAACAACCAACAGACGUUCUAUACUUGUCAGUGCGCUGCCGGUUGGACUGGACAAAACUGUGGAAUUCCCAUCAAUCUCUGUGCUCCAGAUCCUUGUUUGAACGCAGCAGUUUGUAACAACCAACAGACGUUCUAUACUUGUCAGUGUGCCGCCGGUUGGACUGGACAGAACUGUGGAAUUCCCACCAAUCUCUGUGCUCCAGAUCCUUGUUUGAACGGAGCAACUUGUAACAACCAACAGACGUUCUACACUUGUCAGUGUGCCGCCGGUUGGACUGGACAGAACUGUGGAAUUCCCAUCAAUCUCUGUGUUCCAGAUCCUUGUUUGAACGGAGCAGUUUGUAACAACCAACAGACGUUCUACACUUGUCAGUGCGCCGCCGGUUGGACUGGACAGAAUUGUGGAAUUCCCACCAAUCUCUGUGAUCCAGAUCCUUGUUUGAACGGAGCAACUUGUAACAACCAACAGACGUUCUACACUUGUCAGUGUGCUGCCGGUUGGACUGGACAGAACUGUGGAACUCCCAUCAAUCUCUGUGAUCCAGAUCCUUGUUUGAACGGAGCAGUUUGUAACAACCAACAGACGUUCUACACUUGUCAGUGUGCUGCUGGUUGGACUGGACAGAACUGUGGAACUCCCAUCAAUCUCUGUGAUCCAGAUCCUUGUUUGAACGGAGCAAUUUGUAACAACCAACAGACGUUCUACACUUGUCAGUGUGCUGCUGGUUGGACUGGACAGAACUGUGGAACUCCCAUCAACCUCUGUGUUCCAGAUCCUUGUUUGAACGGAGCAAUUUGUAACAACCAACAGACGUUCUACACUUGUCAGUGUGCUGCUGGUUGGACUGGACAGAAUUGUGGAACUCCCAUCAAUCUCUGUGAUCCAGAUCCUUGUUUGAACGGAGCCACGUGUUUCAACCAACAGACGUCCUUUACUUGUCAGUGUGCUGAAGGCUGGGUUGGACAGACCUGUGAAGCACGUAUUCUGAGUUGUGCAAGUCAGCCUUGCCAGAACGAUGGAACGUGCUUGGAAAACUUCAACCAGUUCAGUUACUUUUGCCAGUGCCCUGACGGCUGGGGUGGAGACAACUGUGAAUUGAGAAUACUUCCGUGCACCAGUCAACCGUGCAGUAAUGGGGGGACAUGCCUCAAUUCAGUUGACAACACCAACUACAUAUGCACGUGCCCAGCUGGCUGGAUGGGGACAAACUGCGAGAUUAGGGAUGCGUGCGCAUUCGUCACGUGCCUCAAUGGAGCAACAUGCUUGAACCAGCAGGCUUCCUAUACAUGCGAGUGUGUGUUGGGAUGGGUUGGAAGCCUUUGUGAAACACGACUGAACGCUUGUGACAGUGAUCCCUGCCAAAAUGAAGCCUUCUGCAAAGACGCGUUUGACGAGUACGCCUACAUCUGUCAGUGCAGGCCGGGUUGGGAGGGCAUACACUGCGAGACACCCAGCGAUAAAUGCGAGUCGGAUCCCUGCGUAAACGGAGCAACGUGCCUCAACCGUCAGACAUUCUACACAUGCCAGUGUGUAGUAGGCUGGACCGGGGUGAACUGCCACAUACCUUCGGAAGCCUGUGUCAGCCAGCCAUGCCUGAAUGGAGCUACCUGCUUUGAGGACUCCAGCAGUAUUGCUUACAUCUGUGUGUGCCCUCUGGGUUGGACUGGACAGCGGUGUGAAACACAGAUCUUAAGCUGCGCGAGUCAACCUUGCCAGAAUGGCGGGCAGUGUUUGGAAGCUGCUAACUCCUUCAGCUUCUUCUGUCAAUGUAUGGAUGGUUGGACUGGGACAUUGUGUGAAUUAGAUGUAGACUUCUGCAGCCCUGAUCCGUGCCUGAAUGCUGCAACGUGUUUGAAUAGGCAGGCAACGUUUAGCUGUCAGUGCGCUGCUGGUUGGACUGGACAGAACUGUGGAAUUCCCACCAAUCUCUGUGUUCCAGAUCCUUGUUUGAACGGAGCAGUUUGUAACAACCAACAGACGUUCUAUACUUGUCAGUGUGCCGCCGGUUGGACUGGACAGAACUGUGGAAUUCCCAUCAAUCUCUGUGUUCCAGAUCCUUGUUUGAACGGAGCAGUUUGUAACAACCAACAGACGUUCUAUACUUGUCAGUGUGCCGCCGGUUGGACUGGACAGAACUGUGGAAUUCCCACCAAUCUCUGUGCUCCAGAUCCUUGUUUGAACGGAGCAGUUUGUAACAACCAACAGACGUUCUAUACUUGUCAGUGUGCCGCCGGUUGGACUGGACAGAACUGUGGAAUUCCCAUCAAUCUCUGUGUUCCAGAUCCUUGUUUGAACGGAGCAGUUUGUAACAACCAACAGACGUUCUAUACUUGUCAGUGUGCCGCCGGUUGGACUGGACAGAACUGUGGAAUUCCCACCAAUCUCUGUGCUCCAGAUCCUUGUUUGAACGGAGCAGUUUGUAACAACCAACAGACGUUCUAUACUUGUCAGUGUGCCGCCGGUUGGACUGGACAGAACUGUGGAACUCCCAUCAAUCUCUGUGUUCCAGAUCCUUGUUUGAACGGAGCAGUUUGUAACAACCAACAGACGUUCUAUACUUGUCAGUGUGCCGCCGGUUGGACUGGACAGAACUGUGGAACUCCCAUUAAUCUCUGUGUUCCAGAUCCUUGUUUGAACGGAGCAACUUGUAACAACCAACAGACGUCCUAUACUUGUCAGUGUUUGCCUGGCUGGACUGGACAAAACUGCCAAAUCCGUAUUUUGAGUUGCGGAAGCCAACCGUGCCAGAACGGAGCACAGUGCAUGGAAGGGUCUGGCAGUAUGUUCGGGUACGUCUGCCUGUGUACCGAUGGCUGGUCUGGAACUGAGUGCCAAACUCCAAUCAAUGCAUGCGUGCCUGAUCCGUGCAUUAACGGGGCCACCUGCAUCAACCAACAGACGUCAUACACAUGUCAGUGUGUAGCGGGAUGGAUGGGUCGAAACUGCGAAAUCCUCGUUGAUGUCUGCGUAUCCAACCCCUGCUUCAAUGGAGGAACAUGCCUCAACCAACAGACAUCCUACACGUGUCAGUGUCCGACAGGUUUCACGGGACCGAACUGCGAAACCACCAUCAACCCAUGCAUGUCCAACCCCUGCCGGAACGGAGGCUUGUGUAUCAACGACCAAACAUCCUACACCUGUGAGUGCUCGGCUGGGUGGUCCGGACAAAGAUGUGAAACAGCAAUCAACACAUGCGCGCCUAACCCCUGUCUAAACGGAGCCACGUGUGUGAAUGGUCAGACAUUCUUUACAUGCCAGUGUCCUUCCGAAUGGACUGGAAACAUCUGUGACAUUGCCGUCAAUGUGUGUGACUCGAAUCCUUGUCAGAAUGGAGGUAAUUGCACAGGCAACCAAACCGCCUACACAUGCCAGUGCAGGGACGGAUAUGUUGGAGUUGUCUGCCAAACUCAAAUUGAGGCAUGUGCCAGCGAUCCGUGUAAGAACGGCGGCAAGUGCAGCGAGCAUCCCAGUAUGUUUCUGUACAUCUGCGACUGCGUCAACGGCUGGAGUGGUGCAACCUGUGAGCAAUUCAUCAACCCUUGUGCAUCGUCCCCUUGCCUCAACGGGGGUGUGUGUGAGGAGAGCGCGUCCUCGUACCAAUGCCAUUGCGUGACCGGCUGGGCUGGGGAUAGAUGUCAGACAGAGAUUGACUACUGCAUAAACAACACCUGCAUGAAUGGUGCGAAUUGUGUUUCCGUUUCGGGAAGUUUCCGGUGUGAAUGUCCAGCAAAUUACACAGGCUCUCUCUGUGAAACAGCUCUGACAGGUUGUAUGUCGUCUCCCUGUUUGAACGGAGGCUUCUGUAAGCACACAGCACAGGGCGGCUAUGUGUGUGAGUGCACCAUACAGUGGACGGGCCUCAGAUGCCAAACUGCUAAAGAUGCGUGCAUCGGUGAUCCUUGCAAGAACAAUGCUACCUGCCUGAAUCAAUAUGACUUUGUCAUCUGCCAGUGCAAAGCUGGCUAUACUGGCCAAUAUUGCGGGCAAGAUAUCAAUGAGUGUAUGAGCACUCCGUGUCUGAAUGGAGGGACAUGCUUAAACCUAGCAAAUGGAUACAGCUGUUCUUGUGUACCGGGUUGGACGGGAACCAUGUGCACUCAAGAUGUUGACGAAUGCCAGAGUAACCCAUGUGCCAAUGGAGCAACUUGUAACAAUUUGCUGAACAGCUAUCAAUGUGUAUGCCCUGACGGUUUCACGGGGCCACAGUGUCAAACAGAAAUUGAUCACUGUUCCCCCAGUCCUUGUAAGAACGGCGCUACUUGCAUUAACCUGCCCUCACAGUAUGUGUGUCAGUGCAUAGCGGGCUUCACCGGAACUAACUGUGACAACGACAUUAAUGAGUGCGCUACCAAUACCUGUCUGAAUAACGGCACCUGCAUAGAUCUGCUGAAUGACUACAGGUGUGAUUGUCCUGUGUCCCACGCUGGCGUCAACUGUGAAACAGCGCUCAAUCCUUGCAUUUCUGACCCUUGCCAGAACGGAGCAACAUGUAACAACAUGUUUACUGUCUACACAUGUAGCUGUGCUCUUGGCUUCACAGGAAUACACUGUGAAAUUGAGAUCAAUGAGUGUUCCAGCAGUCCAUGUAGGAACAAUGCAACAUGUCUGGAUGAAAUCGGUGCCUACAAUUGUAUGUGUGCUCCUGGCUGGACUGGCGAUACGUGCAACACAGACAUCAAUGAGUGCACUAGCACACCCUGCAGGAACGGAGCUACAUGCCUUGACCUGAUCAACGCCUACCAUUGUAUGUGUACAUUCGGUUGGCAGGGGCCACUGUGCGAUAUCGAGACCAAUGAGUGCGGCAGCAAUCCAUGCCUGAAUGGUGGCUCAUGUGUAGACAGACUGGGCUUCUAUGUAUGCCAGUGUCGUGCAGGCUACAAUGGAAUACACUGUGAGAUCGAAAUCAAUGAGUGUGCGAGCUUUCCUUGUCAGAACGGAGGAAUUUGUCAAGAUUUGAUUGAUGCGUUUCGGUGUGACUGUCCAGCAGGUUACGAAGGGAUCGUCUGUCAAACAGAUAUUGACGAGUGCAGCAGCACGCCCUGUAUGAACAGAGGAAUGUGCAUUGAUUUAAUCAAUGGUUACCGAUGUCAGUGCAGGCCUGGCUUCACAGGGGCCGACUGUUCCACUGGAAUCUCCGAGUGUAUUAGUCAGCCUUGCCAGAACGGAGGUAUCUGCGUCGAUAUGACCAAUGGCUAUGAUUGUCACUGUUCAUCUGGUUACACUGGUCCCAACUGUGAACAGACUGUGGAUUGGUGUAGGUCCAAUUUGUGUGAGAACGGAGCCACGUGCGUCAACCUACUUAACGGAUAUCGCUGUGAUUGCCCUAUGGGCUAUGACGGCAUCUUCUGUCAAGACUCAAUUCUGGAGUGUGCCAGCCUUCCCUGCCAGAACGGAGCAACGUGCUUUGAUCUGGUGAACGGCUUCCAGUGUCGGUGCGCGCAAGGCUACACGGGAGACCUCUGUGAAAUUGAUAUCAAUGAAUGUGCCAGCACGCCUUGUUUGAAUGGAGCAACCUGUCUGGAUUUAGUCAACAGUUUCCAGUGUGUGUGUCCAACGGGAUACACAGGGCCCUUGUGUGCCACAGAUAUUAUUGAAUGUUCCAGUUCACCUUGUAUGAAUGGAGCAACGUGUCUUGAGAUGGUGAAUGGAUUCCAGUGUCGGUGUGCUGCAGGAUUCACAGGAAACCGGUGUGAAAUAGACAUAGAUGGUUGUGUGUCCCAUUCAUGUGAGAAUGGAGCCACUUGUGUUGAUCUAACUCUUGGCUACCGAUGUGAUUGUGCUCCAGGCUAUGAAGGAACAUUCUGCCAAAACAUGAUCUUGGAGUGUUCCAGUAAUCCCUGUAGGAAUGGAGGUACCUGUGUGGAUCUAGUGGCUGCCUACCGCUGUGAUUGUGUGCCUGGAUACACUGGAACAGAGUGUCAAAUAGAUAUCAAUGAAUGUGCCAGCAUGCCUUGUUUGAGUGGAGCAACCUGUCUGGAUUUAGUCAACAGUUUCCAGUGUGUGUGUCCAACGGGAUACACAGGGCCCUUGUGUGCCACAGACAUAGAUGGUUGUGUGUCCCAUUCAUGUGAGAAUGGAGCCACUUGUGUUGAUCUAACUCCUGGCUACCGAUGUGAUUGUGCUCCAGGCUAUGAAGGAACAUUAUGCCAAAAUACGAUCUUGGAGUGUUCCAGUAAUCCCUGUAGGAAUGGAGGUACCUGUGUGGAUCUAGUGGCUGCCUACCGCUGUGAUUGUGUGCCUGGAUACACUGGAACCGACUGUCAAAUAGAUAUCAAUGAAUGUGCCAGCACGCCGUGUUUGAGUGGAGCAACCUGUCUGGAUUUAGUCAACAGUUUCCAGUGUGUGUGUCCAACGGGAUACACAGGGCCCUUGUGUGCCACAGAUAGCAAUGAAUGUGCCAGCACGCCUUGUUUGAAUGGAGCAUUCUGUCUGGAUUUAGUCAACAGUUUCCAGUGUGUGUGUCCAACGGGAUACACAGGGCCCUUGUGUGCCACAGACAUAGAUGGUUGUGUGUCCAAUUCAUGUGAGAAUGGAGCAACUUGUGUUGAUCUAACUCCUGGCUACCGAUGUGAUUGUGCCCCAGGCUAUGAAGGAUUAUUGUGCCAAAAUAUGAUCUUGGAGUGUUCCAGUAAUCCCUGUAGGAAUGGAGGUACCUGUGUGGAUUUAGUGGCUGCCUACCGCUGUGAUUGUGUGCCUGGAUACACUGGAACAGACUGUCAAACAGAUAUCAAUGAAUGUGCCAGCUCGCCUUGUUUGAAUGGAGCAACCUGUCUGGAUUUAGUCAACAGUUUCCAGUGUGUAUGUCCAACGGGAUACACAGGGCCCUUGUGUGCUACAGAUGUUGUUGAAUGUUCCAGUUCACCUUGUAUGAAUGGAGCAACGUGUCUUGAGAUGGUCAAUGGAUACCAGUGUCGGUGUGCUGCAGGAUUCACAGGAAAUCAAUGUGAAAAUGAAAUUGACUAUUGUGAGUCACAUUUGUGUGAGAAUGGAGCAACUUGUGUUAGUCUUACUCCUGCCUACCGAUGUCUAUGUGCUCCAGGCUAUGAAGGAACAUUGUGCCAAAAUAUGAUCUUGGAGUGUUCCAGUAAUCCCUGUAGGAAUGGAGGUACCUGUGUGGAUCUAGUGGCUGCCUACCGCUGUGAUUGUGUGCCUGGAUACACUGGAACAGACUGUCAAACAGAUAUCAAUGAAUGUGCCAGCAUGCCUUGUUUGAAUGGAGCAACCUGUCUGGAUUUAGUCAACAGUUUCCAGUGUGUGUGUCCAACGGGAUACACAGGGCCCUUGUGUGCCACAGAUGUUGUUGAAUGUUCCAGUUCACCUUGUAUGAAUGGAGCAACGUGUCUUGAGAUGGUCAAUGGAUACCGGUGUCAGUGUGCUGCAGGAUUCACAGGAAACCGAUGUGAAAUAGAUACCGAUGAAUGUGCCAGCAUGCCUUGUUUGAAUGGAGCAACCUGUCUGGAUUUAGUCAACAGUUUCCAGUGUGUGUGUCCAACGGGAUACACAGGGCCCUUGUGUGCCACAGAUAUCAAUGAAUGUGCCAGCACGCCUUGUUUGAAUGGAGCAACCUGUCUGGAUUUAGUCAACAGUUUCCAGUGUGUGUGUCCAACGGGAUACACAGGGCCCUUGUGUGCCACAGAUGUUGUUGAAUGUUCCAGUUCACCUUGUAUGAAUGGAGCAACGUGUCUUGAGAUGGUCAAUGGAUACCAGUGUCAGUGUGCUGCAGGAUUCACAGGAAACCAAUGUGAAAAUGAAAUUGACUAUUGUGAGUCACAUUUGUGUGAGAAUGGAGCAACUUGUGUUAGUCUUACUCCUGCCUACCGAUGUGAAUGUGCUCCAGGCUAUGGAGGAACAUUGUGCCAAAAUAUGAUCUUGGAGUGUUCCAGUAAUCCCUGUAGGAAUGGAGGUACCUGUGUGGAUCUAGUGGCUGCCUACCGCUGUGAUUGUGUGCCUGGAUACACUGGAACCGACUGUCAAACAGAUAUCAAUGAAUGUGCCAGCACGCCUUGUUUGAAUGGAGCAACAUGUCUGGAUUUAGUCAACAGUUUCCAGUGUGUGUGUCCAACGGGAUACACAGGGCCCUUGUGUGCCACAGAUAUCAAUGAAUGUGCCAGCAUUCCGUGUUUGAAUGGAGCAUUCUGUCGGGAUUUAGUCAACAGUUUCCAGUGUGUGUGUCCAGCGGGAUACACAGGACGCUUGUGUGCCACAGAUGUUGUUGAAUGUUCCAGUUCACCUUGUAUGAAUGGAGCAACGUGUCUUGAGAUGGUCAAUGGAUACCAGUGUGAGUGUGCUGCAGGAUUCACAGGAAAUCAAUGUGAAAAUGAAAUCGACUUUUGUGAGUCACAUGCGUGUGAGAAUGGAGCAACUUGUGUUAGUCUUACUCCUGCCUACCGAUGUCUAUGUGCUCCAGGCUAUGGAGGAACAUUAUGCCAAGAUACGAUCUUGGAGUGUUCCAGUAAUCCCUGUAGGAAUGGAGGUACCUGUGUGGAUCUAGUGGCUGCCUACCGCUGUGAUUGUGUGCCUGGAUACACUGGAACCGACUGUCAAACAGAUAUCAAUGAAUGUGCCAGCACGUCUUGUUUGAAUGGAGCAACCUGUCUGGAUUUAGUCAACAGUUUCCAGUGCGUGUGUCCAACGGGAUACACAGGGCCCUUGUGUGCCACAGAUGUUGUUGAAUGUUCCAGUUCACCUUGUAUGAAUGGAGCAACGUGUCUUGAGAUGGUCAAUGGAUACCAGUGUCAGUGUGCUGCAGGAUUCACAGGAAACCAAUGUGAAAUAGAUAUCGAUGAAUGUGCCAGCACGCCUUGUUUGAAUGGAGCAACCUGUCAGGAUUUAGUCAACAGUUUCCAGUGUGUGUGUCCAACGGGAUACACAGGGCCCUUGUGUGCCACAGAUACCGAUGAAUGUGCCAGCAUGCCUUGUUUGAAUGGAGCAUUCUGUCUGGAUUUAGUCAACAGUUUCCAGUGUGUGUGUCCAACGGGAUACACAGGGCCCUUGUGUGCCACAGAUGUUGUUGAAUGUUCCAGUUCACCUUGUAUGAAUGGAGCAACGUGUCUUGAGAUGGUCAAUGGAUACCAGUGUCAGUGUGCUGCAGGAUUCACAGGAAACCAAUGUGAAAAUGAAAUUGACUAUUGUGAGUCACAUUUGUGUGAGAAUGGAGCAACUUGUGUUAGUCUUACUCCUGCCUACCGAUGUGAAUGUGCUCCAGGCUAUGAAGGAACAUUGUGCCAAAAUACGAUCUUGGAGUGUUCCAGUAAUCCCUGUAGGAAUGGAGGUACCUGUGUGGAUCUAGUGGCUGCCUACCGCUGUGAUUGUGUGCCUGGAUACACUGGAACAGAGUGUGAAACAGAUAUCAAUGAAUGUGCCAGCACGCCGUGUUUGAAUGGAGCAACCUGUCUGGAUUUAGUCAACAGUUUCCAGUGUGUGUGUCCAACGGGAUACACAGGGCCCUUGUGUGCCACAGAUGUUGUUGAAUGUUCCAGUUCACCUUGUAUGAAUGGAGCAACGUGUCUUGAGAUGGUCAAUGGAUACCAGUGUCGGUGUGCUGAAGGAUUCACAGGAAACCAAUGUGAAAUAGAUACCGAUGAAUGUGCCAGCAUGCCUUGUUUGAAUGGAGCAACCUGUCUGGAUUUAGUCAACAGUUUCCAGUGUGUGUGUCCAACGGGAUACACAGGGCCCUUGUGUGCCACAGAUAUCAAUGAAUGUGCCAGCAUGCCUUGUUUGAAUGGAGCAACCUGUCUGGAUUUAGUCAACAGUUUCCAGUGUGUGUGUCCAACGGGAUACACAGGGCCCUUGUGUGCCACAGAUGUUGUUGAAUGUUCCAGUUCACCUUGUAUGAAUGGAGCAACGUGUCUUGAGAUGGUCAAUGGAUACCAGUGUCAGUGUGCUGCAGGAUUCACAGGAAACCAAUGUGAAAAUGAAAUUGACUAUUGUGAGUCACAUUUGUGUGAGAAUGGAGCAACUUGUGUUAGUCUUACUCCUGCCUACCGAUGUGAAUGUGCUCCAGGCUAUGAAGGAACAUUGUGCCAAAAUACGAUCUUGGAGUGUUCCAGUAAUCCCUGUAGGAAUGGAGGUACCUGUGUGGAUCUAGUGGCUGCCUACCGCUGUGAUUGUGUGCCUGGAUACACUGGAACAGACUGUCAAACAGAUAUCAAUGAAUGUGCCAGCACGCCUUGUUUGAAUGGAGCAACCUGUCUGGAUUUAGUCAACAGUUUCCAGUGUGUGUGUCCAACGGGAUACACAGGGCCCUUGUGUGCCACAGAUGUUGUUGAAUGUUCCAGUUCACCUUGUAUGAAUGGAGCAACGUGUCUUGAGAUGGUCAAUGGAUACCAGUGUCAGUGUGCUGCAGGAUUCACAGGAAACCAAUGUGAAACAGAUACCGAUGAAUGUGCCAGCAUGCCUUGUUUGAAUGGAGCAACCUGUCUGGAUUUAGUCAACAGUUUCCAGUGCGUGUGUCCAACGGGAUACACAGGGCCCUUGUGUGCCACAGAUAUCAAUGAAUGUGCCAGCACGCCUUGUUUGAACGGAGCAACCUGUCUGGAUUUAGUCAACAGUUUCCAGUGUGUGUGUCCAACGGGAUACACAGGGCCCUUGUGUGCCACAGAUGUUGUUGAAUGUUCCAGUUCACCUUGUAUGAAUGGAGCAACGUGUCUUGAGAUGGUCAAUGGAUACCGGUGUCAGUGUGCUGCAGGAUUCACAGGAACCCAAUGUGAAAAUGAAAUCGACUAUUGCGAGUCACAUUUGUGUGAGAAUGGAGCAACUUGUGUUAGUCUUACUCCUGGCUACCGAUGUGAUUGUGCUCCAGGCUAUGAAGGAACAUUAUGCGGAAAUGAUAUCAAUGAGUGUGCCAGCAUGCCUUGUUUGAAUGGAGCAACCUGUCUGGAUUUAGUCAACAGUUUCCAGUGCGUGUGUCCCACGGGAUACACAGGGCCCUUGUGUGCCACAGAUGUUGUUGAAUGUUCCAGCUCACCUUGUAUGAAUGGAGCAACGUGUCUUGAGAUGGUGAAUGGAUACCAGUGUCAGUGUGCUGCAGGAUUCACAGGAAACCAAUGUGAAACAGAAGUCAAUGAAUGUGUUCCCAAUCCAUGCCAGAAUGAAGGUUUUUGCGACUACUUUAUCACUGGCCUUACAUGUAUCUGUUUGCCAGGCUGGAUUGGAGAACUUUGCAAUCAAGAAUCUGAUGAAUGUCUGAGUGAUCCAUGCUUCAAUGGGGGUACUUGCGUUGAUUUAGUCAGUGGGUACCAAUGCAUUUGCCUUGAUGACUAUUCAGGCUCCAGAUGCGAAACUGAGAUGGACUUCUGCGUAAGCCACAACUGCAUGAAUGGUGCUACAUGCAUGCCCAUAAGCGGCGGUUACAGAUGUCAAUGCACAAGUCAGUUUACUGGAAUCCUGUGUCAAACAGCCAUUUCUGAUUGUUCGUUGGGUCUCUGUCAGAAUGGAGCUACCUGCGUUGACAUACCGGUACAGGGCGGUUUCAUCUGCCAGUGCCCGGCUGGGUAUGAGGGAGACCGAUGCCAGACUGACGUCAAUGAAUGUGUCUCUAAUCCAUGUCGGAAUGGAGCGACAUGUAAUGACCUUAUUGCAGGCUAUACCUGCACAUGUACCCAGGGCUGGACAGGAACACAUUGCGAUCAAGCCAUUUCUGACUGUUCGUUGGGUCUCUGCCUGAAUGGAGCUACCUGCGUUAACAUACAGGGCGGUUUCAUUUGCCAGUGCCCGGCUGGGUAUGAGGGAGACCAAUGCCAGACCGCACGACCCAAUCCAUGUGAUUCGUCGCCUUGCAUGAACGGAGCCACAUGCAACAACAAUGACUUCCAGUUUUACACAUGUACCUGUGUACUUGGGUACAGCGGUCUCAACUGUGAAAUCAUACCUGACAACUGUGCCAACCAUGGCUGUUUGAAUGGAGCAACGUGCAUAUCCAUCCCAGGGGGAUAUCGUUGUGAAUGCCCGGCGCAGUUCGCUGGCACCUUGUGUGAAACAUCCAUCGCCUGUGCAAGUACUCCAUGCCUGAAUGGAGCCACUUGUAUUGAUAUGCCUUCUGGUUUCCAGUGUCAGUGUACAUCAGCAUGGCAAGGAACUCUCUGUGAUAUGGAACGUCCUGAUGUUUGUUUGUCAUCUCCAUGUCUCAACGGAGCCACUUGCAACAACUUUUAUGACUUUUACACCUGUACAUGCCCAACUGGAUACACUGGUGCCACUUGUGAAGUGUACGAGGGUUGUGCCAGUAACCCGUGUCUGAAUGGUGCAGUCUGUGUCCAACUGACCAAUAGCUAUCAAUGUAGCUGCCUUGAUGGUUAUACUGGGACACAUUGUGAACAAGAACGUCCUGAUGUUUGUUUGUCGUCUCCAUGUCUCAACGGAGCCACUUGCACCAACUUUUAUGACUUUUACACCUGUACAUGCCCAACUGGCUACACUGGACCCCGUUGUGAAGUGUACAGCGGUUGUGCCAGUAACCCAUGUCUGAAUGGUGCUGGCUGUGUCCAACUGACCAAUAGCUAUCAAUGUAACUGCCCUGAUGGUUAUACUGGGACACAUUGUGAACAAGAACGUCCUGAUGUUUGUUUGUCGUCUCCAUGUCUCAACGGAGCCACUUGCAACAACUUUUAUGACUUUUACACCUGUACAUGCCCAACUGGCUACACUGGACCCCGUUGUGAAGUCAUGCCUGACAACUGUGACAUUCAUGGCUGUUUGAAUGGAGCAACGUGCAUGUCAAUCCCAGGGGGAUAUCGGUGUGAAUGCCCGGCGCAGUUCGCUGGCACCUUGUGUGAAACAUCCAUCGCCUGUGCAAGUACUCCAUGCCUGAAUGGAGCCACUUGUAUUGAUAUGCUGUCUGGUUUCCAGUGUCAGUGUACAUCAGCAUGGCAAGGAAGUCUCUGUGAUAUGGAACGUCCUGAUGUUUGUUUGUCGUCUCCAUGUCUCAACGGAGCCACUUGCACCAACUUUUAUGACUUUUACACCUGUACAUGCCCAACUGGCUACACUGGAACCCGUUGUGGAGUGUACGAGGGUUGUGCCAGUAACCCAUGUCUGAAUGGUGCCGGCUGUGUCCAACUGACCAAUAGCUAUCAAUGUAGCUGCCCUGAUGGUUAUACUGGGACACAUUGUGAACAAGAACGUCCUGAUGUUUGUUUGUCGUCUCCAUGUCUCAACGGAGCCACUUGCACCAACUUUUAUGACUUUUACACCUGUACAUGCCCAACUGGCUACACUGGAACCCGUUGUGAAGUGUACAACGGUUGUGCGAGUAACCCAUGUCUGAAUGGUGCUGGCUGUGUCCAACUGACCAAUAGCUAUCAAUGUAACUGCCCUGAUGGUUAUACUGGGACACAUUGUGAACAAGAACGUCCUGAUGUUUGUUUGUCGUCUCCAUGUCUCAACGGAGCCACUUGCACCAACUUUUAUGACUUUUACACCUGUACAUGCCCAACUGGCUACACUGGAGUCACUUGUGAAGUGUACGGUGGUUGUGCCAGUAACCCAUGUCUGAAUGGUGCCGGCUGUGUCCAACUGACCAAUAGCUAUCAAUGUAACUGCCCUGCUGGUUAUACUGGGACACAUUGUGAACAAGAACGUCCUGAUGUUUGUUUGUCGUCUCCAUGUCUCAACGGAGCCACUUGCACCAACUUUUAUGACUUUUACACCUGUACAUGCCCAACUGGCUACACUGGACCCCGUUGUGAAGUGUACGGCGGUUGUGCCAGUAACCCAUGUCUGAAUGGUGCCGGCUGUGUCCAACUGACCAAUAGCUAUCAAUGUAACUGCCCUGCUGGUUAUACUGGGACACAUUGUGAACAAGAACGUCCUGAUGUUUGUUUGUCGUCUCCAUGUCUCAACGGAGCCACUUGCAACAACUUUUAUGACUUUUACACCUGUACAUGCCCAACUGGCUACACUGGAGCCACUUGUGAAGUGUACGGCGGUUGUGCCAGUAACCCAUGUCUGAAUGGUGCCGGCUGUGUCCAACUGACCAAUAGCUAUCAAUGUAACUGCCCUGCUGGUUAUACUGGGACACAUUGCGAACAAGAACGUCCUGAUGUUUGUUUGUCGUCUCCAUGUCUCAACGGAGCCACUUGCAACAACUUUUAUGACUUUUACACCUGUACAUGCCCAACUGGCUACACUGGACCCCGUUGUGAAGUGUACGGUGGUUGUGCCAGUAACCCAUGUUUGAAUGGUGCCGGCUGUGUCCAACUGACCAAUAGCUAUCAAUGUAACUGCCCUGCUGGUUAUACUGGGACACAUUGUGAACAAGAACGUCCUGAUGUUUGUUUGUCGUCUCCAUGUCUCAACGGAGCCACUUGCACCAACUUUUAUGACUUUUACACCUGUACAUGCCCAACUGGCUACACUGGACCCCGUUGUGAAGUCUACAACGGUUGUGCCAGUAACCCAUGUCUGAAUGGUGCCGGCUGUGUCCAACUGACCAAUAGCUAUCAAUGUAACUGCCCUGAUGGUUAUACUGGGACACAUUGUGAACAAGAACGUCCUGAUGUUUGUUUGUCGUCUCCAUGUCUCAACGGAGCCACUUGCAACAACUUUUAUGACUUUUACACCUGUACAUGCCCAACUGGCUACACUGGACCCCGUUGUGAAGUGUACAGCGGUUGUGCCAGUAACCCAUGUCUGAAUGGUGCCGGCUGUGUCCAACUGACCAAUAGCUAUCAAUGUAACUGCCCUGCUGGUUAUACUGGGACACAUUGCGAACAAGAACGUCCUGAUGUUUGUCUGUCGUCUCCAUGUCUCAACGGAGCCACUUGCACCAACUUUUAUGACUUUUACACCUGUACAUGCCCAACUGGCUACACUGGACCCCGUUGUGAAGUGUACGGCGGUUGUGCCAGUAACCCAUGUCUGAAUGGUGCUGGCUGUGUCCAACUGACCAAUAGCUAUCAAUGUAACUGCCCUGCUGGUUAUACUGGGACACAUUGUGAACAAGAACGUCCUGAUGUGUGUUUGUCGUCUCCAUGUCUCAACGGAGCCACUUGCACCAACUUUUAUGACUUUUACACCUGUACAUGCCCAACUGGCUACACUGGACCCCGAUGUGAAGUGUACAGCGGUUGUGCCAGUAACCCAUGUCUGAAUGGUGCCGGCUGUGUCCAACUGACCAAUAGCUAUCAAUGUAACUGCCCUGCUGGUUAUACUGGGACACAUUGUGAACAAGAACGUCCUGAUGUUUGUUUGUCGUCUCCAUGUCUGAACGGAGCCACUUGCAACAACUUUUAUGACUUUUACACCUGUACAUGCCCAACUGGCUACACUGGACCCCGUUGUGAAGUGUACGGCGGCUGUUCUAGUAACCCAUGUCUGAAUGGUGCUGGCUGUGUUCAACUGACCAAUAGCUAUCAAUGUACCUGCCCUGCUGGUUAUACUGGGACACAUUGUGAACAAGAACGUCCUGAUGUUUGUUUGUCGUCUCCAUGUCUCAACGGAGCCACUUGCAACAACUUUUAUGACUUUUACACCUGUACAUGCCCAACUGGCUACACUGGACCCCGUUGUGAAGUGUACAGCGGUUGUGCCAGUAACCCAUGUCUGAAUGGUGCCGGCUGUGUCCAACUGACCAAUAGCUAUCAAUGUAACUGCCCUGAUGGUUAUACUGGGACACAUUGUGAACAAGAGGUGGACAUGUGUUCCCCUAACCCGUGCCAGAACGGUGCUGUGUGCACCAACCUGCGGGUCAGCUAUGAGUGUACCUGUACAUCCGGAUGGACCGGCACUAACUGUAGCCAGGUUAUAAAUGCCUGCGAUCCCGACCCCUGCCUGAAUGGUGCAACCUGCAAUAACCUGGUGACUCAGUACAGGUGUAUCUGCCCUGCUGGAUGGACAGGUGUCAACUGUGAAACAGAGAUGAGAGCGUGCCUGUCGAUGCCUUGCCAGAAUGAAGGCACAUGCAACGAGUUCUUCAAUUUCUACAUAUGUACCUGUCCACAAGGCUUCCUAGGAACCAACUGUGAACAAGAGAUGGACGCGUGCGCCUCCAAUCCGUGCAUCAAUGGCGGAACGUGCCAAAAUUUCCGCACUUACUACGAGUGCAUGUGCCCUCCGGAAUGGGAAGGCAUCAACUGCCAAGCACGUGUCCGAUUCUGUGAUGCCAACCCAUGUUGGAAUGAUGCAGUAUGCGUUGAGACACUGAAUGGCUUUCUCUGUAUCUGUCAGGCGGGUUUCAAAGGAGAUUUAUGCAAAUUAGAGGUGGACGUUUGCGACAGUAACCCAUGCAUGAACGGAGCAACGUGUAACAAUUUCCGCACCAGCUACACAUGUGACUGCGCAUCCGGUUGGAUAGGAACCAUCUGCAAUCAAGACUUCGACGAAUGUAGCAGCAACCCUUGUGUCAAUGGAGGCACGUGUAACAAUCUCAUGAAUGCAUUCCAAUGCACCUGUCCUGCAGCAUUCACUGGAGAGUUCUGCAACACUAAUGUUGCUUGUAAUCUGUUUUGUGAAAACGGUGGAACAUGUAACAAUCGAGGUGACGUGGCGACUUGCUCAUGUCGUCCAGGUUGGACGGGGCUGGUCUGUGAAACUGAUUUCAAUGAAUGCAGCAGCAAUCCAUGCAACAAUGGCGGCACCUGCAGCGAUCUGUUGAAUGGAUACAUCUGCUUCUGUCCUGCAGGCUACGGCGGUGCUCGCUGUGAACUAUUAUCUGAUGCCUGUGACAGCAAUCCCUGCAUCAAUGGUGGAACAUGCACACCUCAAGUGGGUAGCUUCCUGUGUCAAUGUCCUGAAGGAUUCUAUGGUUUACGCUGUGAAGCUGUCAACACAUGCGUGAAGGAUAUCACGCUGCCUCUCGACGGCACAACUGAGCUGAUGUCCCCCAACUACCCGGACAAAUACGACGAUCGUCGUUUCUGCCAAUGGCUGAUCACAGCCGCGGAGAAUCGUCAGAUGCGACUCAUCUUCCGCGACUUCUCCACAGAGCAGGACUUUGAUUGGUUCGACGCUGGCAACGGGCUUGACCCGGACAAUGAGAGCUCAAUCGUCGUCAGAGCCUCGGGCGAUCUCAUCCCGGCUAACUUUGACUCCACCGGCAAUCAGAUGUGGGUGAGAUUCACUACGGAUUUCCGACGGAGUUUCCGUGGAUUCCUGGUGGAAGUCAUUGAUACCGCUCUGGCAGUUGGUUGCCGUGGUGAACCCUGCUUGCAUGGAUCAAUGUGUGUGGAGACAGUGAACCAGCUAGAAGACUACCGGUGUUACUGCGCUUUCGGCUGGUAUGGUGAAAACUGCCAAUUGGCGCUUCAACCAGGUACGGAUCCGUGCAUGUACAGUCAGUGUGAGAAUGGUGGUAUCUGCGUGGCGAGUGGCACGGCGUAUACAUGCACAUGUCCUGUGGGUUUCCAGGGGCAGUUCUGUCAAACAGAAUCAGUGAAUCCGUGCCAGGUCAGCAAUCCCUGCAGGAAUGGAGGCACCUGUUCCAAUCAAGCUCUGCAGUUCUUCUGCCAGUGUGUCCCAGGAUUCACUGGGAUCCUGUGCGAAACAGACAUUGAUGAGUGCGCCAGUCAGCCGUGUCUGAAUGGUGGUAGUUGCUUACAGGCAAUCAACCGGUAUGGCUGCAUCUGCCCAGGUGGCAUUACUGGAAUCAACUGUGAAAAUGUUCCACCAGAUCCGUGUAGUUUCUCACCAUGCCGCAAUGGUGGUACAUGCAUUACUAUUGAUUUGACAACAUUUGAAUGCAACUGUCCUAGCGGAUUUACGGGAGCAUUCUGUGGAACAGAGAUUGGUUGCCAUAGUAAUCCAUGUAUGAAUGAAGGCAUCUGCGUUGAAGUUGGAGGCGGUGCGUAUGAAUGUACGUGUCGGCCAGGAUUCACAGGAACAAACUGUGAACAAGCUGUGAUGACGUGUGCGGACAAUCCCUGCAUCAAUGGUCUCUGUCAGACCACUGGAGCAUCAUCCUUCCAGUGCACCUGUUUUGCUGGCUGGCAAGGCACUUUCUGUGAUAUGGAUAUUGACGAGUGCGAUUCCAAGCCGUGCCAGAAUUCUGCACUGUGUGUGAAUCAGGUUAACCAGUACUGGUGCAUCUGCAACGGAGGAUUCUCCGGCAAAAAUUGUGACGUCGCGCCAGGGGCAUCAGGCGCGACCAGUCCCCCUCUCACCGGCGGCCUCUUGGUUGAGCCGAUGUGGAUCGCAAUCAUGGCCGCCCUCGGUUUCCUCAUCAUCGUCUUCAUGUUACUCUUCUGCUGCCUUUGGGGGCGGAGUUCAAAUCAACUGAAGCCCGAUUUUGGGAAGGCGUGAGUAAAAUAAAAACAGUGACAACUAGGACAACCCAUGAUGAAGAAGUUACUUCUUUAAACCAUCUUUUUUUUUUAACCAUCUUUUUUUUUUUUUAAAUAGCCCUACUUUUGUACAUGCAUUUUUUGGUAUACUUUUUUUUUGAUCUUGGAAUAAAUAUCAUUAUUUUUGUUUCUGAGUAACAAAUACUAUUGGUAGUGUUGAAUGAUGAAGUGGUCAUAUUUUUAUUGCAAGGUAUACUAUUUUCAAUUUGUAGGUGUAUAGUCGUGCAUGUAUAUUUUUGAGCAGAUCAUAUGUUUUGUAUAUUGAAAUAUUAUCAAAAGUACUAUUAUUGUUUUGCAAAAGCACUAUUCAGUUUUUUAAAGAUAUUUUACCAGUUGUGUUAAACGUACAUUCGUGUUGUAAACUAUCAUUGGUGAAUUUUUAAAGAUGUACUGUUUUUUUAAUAUAUAUUUUUACAUGUAUACAUAUAGUACCGGUAGGCUAGGUAUUGUAAAUUACCAUGUUUAUUGCCUUUUAGGUAAUUUUACAAUUGUUUCAAGACAUGAAUUUUGCUCAAGUAUGGUUAAAAGGUUUUGUUCUGUUAAUGCUGUUCAGAAACAUUCCGUAUCUUUACACUUAUUCCAAGCUGUGAAUGGAACGUAUAACAAACGCAAUGCAAAAAAAAAACAUACUAAGAUAACUGUUUUGCAAUGACAUUCCUCAACUGAUACAGAGUAAAGCAAGAUACUUUUAAACAAUUUUCAACCUGUGCAUUUAAAAUGAAUUCAGGCCAACACCACAAUACUUGAGCAUACAAUUUUUAUUUUCAAUCUCUGUAUUUUGUACGUUUGUAUAAAAAUUUGUAAAACUGCUGUCACAAUUAUGUUAUGCAUCUAUAUUUUUACACUUGUACUUAUAAUAAUUAGGCACAAUUCAGCUGGUCUGACUGACUAUUUUGCUUGUGUUAGUCACAUUAGCAUUUUAAAUGUACUUAAUGAACAUUCUUUAUAUUUUGUUUGAUCCACAGUUACAAAAACACUUAAAAUUCCUAAAGCCAGCAUGUAGUUAUUAGUGGUAAACCUUGAAAUAUAAAAAGUUAAAUGAAAUCAACAGAAAAUACAAACAUUCAUAAAUUGUACAAUAGGAAGCAACAUGAAUUGUAAAGAGUGCUUUCAGUAACAGUAAUACAAAAGAAAUUGUGUGCAUGUAAAAUCAUGAAUAUGCUCUUUGAAAGUCAAAAACUCAACCAGAUUUGACCACAGGUGCCUACUAAUAGAUGUUAAAAUUAUUGGUUUCAUGUAAAUGAUAGUUUGAAUACAUGCAAAUACCAUUGUUAUAGAAUGGAAAUACUGGUAGGAAGGUAUUUAAUGCACACAUGAACUUUUUUUCAGUUUCUUUGUUUAUAUGUUAUUUCAGUCAAAAAAAUAAAUAAUAAUAAUUAAGAAUUGUGGCACCCUCACCAUCCAAAAUCGUCCAAAGUUCAACAUUUGGUUUUGUUGGACAUGGCACUGUGUAGCAAGGGCCAAGCCACUAUUCAAUUAUGAUAAAUCUCACAAUUUCAGUUCACCAAAAAAAGUGUUAAGUGAUGGAUUUUGAUAGGAAAUGAGGUCAAGAAAAACAAAAUUCUGCAAGCUAAAAAUCACUAUUUUGAUAACGGUGCUGCUGAUAAUGAAUAUAUUUUACAAAAAUAACGUGAAUUAUCAGGAUUAAAUGAUUUGUAAAAAAAAAAAAGUGAACUUCACUAUCAAGUUUGAAGCUUAAACGCCAAUCUGCUCCAAAUUAUUUUACAUCAAACUAAGAUUUUUGGGGAAAGAAACCCAUUCUUUUCAGUUUUUAGAAGUGAACUUUUAUCACAAUUUAUACAGCACUUGUUCAUGUUUUGAUAUAUUGUAUACAUAUUUUUAAUAUAGUUGCUAUUGCCAGUCAAUAAAUAUUUUAUAAAAUAU